AUGGCGGCGUCGGCGGCUCUGUCGGCGGCGGCGGCGGCGGCGGCCCUGUCGGGCCUGGUGGUGCGGCUGUCGCGCUCGGCGGCGGCCCGCGGCUCGUACGGCGCCUUCUGCAAGGGGCUCACGCGCACGCUGAUCACCUUCUUCGACCUGGCCUGGCGGCUGCGCAUGAACUUCCCCUACUUCUACGUGGUGGCCUCGGUGAUGCUCAACGUCCGCCUGCAGGUGCGGAUCGAGUGA